UAUGUCAAAGUGUUAUUCUUUGGUUAUGUUAUGUUAAAAAAUAAUACACUAGUUUUGAAUUUUGAUUAAAUAAAACUAGUAAUUCAUGUUUCCAAUUAUUACACAAAAAUCCUAGAAAACAAGGGUUUCAUUUGAUAUGUGUUUCAUUUCCAUAAUGUAAUUACACAAUUUCCUUAAGAUGAGAAUCAAAAAGAGCGAUCAAUUAAAGUUAAAAACUUUCCUCAAACUAUUUUUUGUCUGCCUUGCAGUAUUUAUUUUACUAUUUCUUUGUUUGCUGUGGAGUCUUGGUGCAGAAAAUGAUGGCGAUUAUGAAGUAGUAGUGACCGAACCUGUGAUUUUCAAAAGGCAUGAUGUUGUUGUAGCAGUUGUCGCCUGUGGUGACCGCUUUGAAGAAACUAUGACAAUGUUGAAAUCAGCUCUAAUGUUCACAAAGAUACAUUUGAGUUUUUUAGUUGUCUCAGAUGACCACUUGAUUGAUAGGUUCAAAGAGAAAUUGGAACAAUGGAAGACUGCUACCAAAAAUCGUUUCAGUUAUCGGGUAGUUCCUUUGACAUUCCCAGUUGUUGAAGUUGAGGAAUGGAAAAAAUUAUUCAAACUGUGUGCUUCUCAGAGAUUAUUUUUACCAGAAGUUUUGAAAGAUGUUGAUUCAGUAUUAUACAUGGAUACUGAUACAUUGUUCCUCACACCUGUUGAAGAUGUUUGGGAUCAUUUCUAUAAAAUGAAUUCUAGUCAAAUGGCUGCACUAGCUCCUGAACAUGAGGAGCCCAAUGUAGCUUGGUACAAUAGAUUUGCUAAACAUCCUUACUAUGGGAAAUUAGGUGUGAAUUCAGGUGUUAUGCUUAUGAAUUUAACAAAAAUGAGGAAAUUUCGGUGGAAGGAAUAUGUUGUUCCAAUAUAUAAGAAGUUCAAACUGAAAAUAACUUGGGGUGAUCAAGAUAUAAUAAAUAUCAUUUUUCAUUAUCAUCCAGACAAGUUAUAUAUUUAUUCUUGUCGAUAUAACUUUCGGCCAGAUCACUGCAUGUAUAAUAGUGUGUGCAAACCAGCAGAAAAAGAAGGAGUUGCUGUACUGCAUGGAUCCAGAGGAUUUUUCCACUCUGAUAAACAACCAGUAUUUAAAGCAAUAUACCAAGCAGUAGAAGAGUUCAAUUUAGGUACUGAUUCCAAACAAAUAUUUCUUCAGACACUUGAGACUUACUUGGAGGAAAGGAAAAAUACAAACUGUGGGCAUGUAAAGGAUAUAUUCUUAAAAAAUUUGAGAAAUUACAUGGAGAGGUAAUCAAGUAAGUUUAUAGACCAAUAUUGCAAUUCCCUUGUGAUAUUUUUAUUUAUAUGUGGCGUCUUUUACAUUUUUAUAAGUUUUAUACAAUGGAUAAUUGUUACUUUAUGUGCAAUAUAUUCAAUUAUUAUAAAAAUAUAUGUUGAUAGAGUA